AUGUCUGGCCUAAGAGAGUUUGUGGGUUCUCCGGUUAAGAUACUAACGUCUGAUGGAAGGCUUUUUGUCGGUAAUCUGGAAGGGUACGAUCAAAACACUAAUGUUGUGCUGACGAUGUCAACGGAGCGAGCGUUCUCAUCAAAAGCAUCCACUCAAGAGAAGAGCAUCGGGGGUGUGGUGAUAAGAGGUGAUGAUGUGAUUUGCGUUGGAAGUUAUGAUGGAGAGAUUGAGAAAUCGACAGAUUACACCAAAAUAUUUGCGGAAGAAUUAAAGGAUACAAAGAAUCCUCUAAAAUAA